AAAAUAGACCUGACCUAUUUAAUAAGCCAGUGCUCGCCUUUGACAGAGCAGCUGGACUAAAGUCGAAUAAUACACCAGUCAACGCCGAUGAAGGGACUAAUGGAUAUUUCCCAAACCACUUCGGUGCUGCUCGUGUUCAUCAUCACGUUCCUCGUGGUGUGGUUAUGGAGACGACGUGAAAAGACUAAAGGAAACCUGCCACGUAAGGAGUUCUGGUUCCCCUUCAGUGAACUCUUAGUUAGCUUCGUAGACUCGGAUAAGUUGUUUAAAGAUCUGGGCAAGAAGCGACCCAUGGCAAGGUUCCGCAAUGGAUUUGAUGGCCCCGAUGAUUUUAUCCUGACCACCCACAAGGCCAUCCAUGAAGCUUUCAUUAAGAAGGGGCAUUUAUUCACUGACAGACCAACCAGGUUUAUUUGGACCGAGUGGUCCACGCAUAAUGGUAUGGUCCACGGCUUAUUAAACUCCUGGGGUGAUCUGUGGAAACAACAGCGGAGAUAUGCCCUGAUGACUUUACGUGACUUUGGACUGGGGAAGACCUCCAUCGCGGAGGCGAUCCAAGAAGAGAUAGGAUAUCUUGUUGACGAGUUCCAGAAAUUUGAAGGCAAGGCCGUAGAUCCGCAGCAGCUUUUGAUGCCUGCCAUAUCCAAUGUAACAAACUUCCUACUGUUUGGAGAAAGGUUUCAAUAUGAUGAUCCAAAGUUCCAGCAGAUUAUGAAGAAUUUGAUGGGACAAUUCCAGUACUUCUUGCUGGCACAAAAUGCUGUUGUGUAUCCAUUUUUAAGAUAUAUCCCUGGAGAUCCAUUUAAAUUUCACUACACUUUUAAAUGCAUGGGAACUACACGAAAAUUCCUCGAAGAGAGAAUCGAGAGACAUGUGGCAGAAUACGACCCGGACAACAUAAAAUGCUUCACAGAUGCCUACAUCAAGGCUAUAAAGGGUGAAAAAGACAAAGAGGGAACCUAUUUCACAGGCCGCCGUGUGUGUCUGGGGGAGUCCCUUGCAAAGAUGGAACUAUUCCUGUUCUUCACCAACUUGCUUCAGCAAUUCUCGUUUACGAUACCCGCCGGGGAAGAGAAACCGAGCCUCAAGUCCCAGUGGUCAAUCGUGCGGUCUCCACGACCUUUUAGGGUCGAAGUGCACAGGAGGCGCUGA